GCGCGAAUUUCAAUGGGAGAUUACGUAACCCUUUCACCAAAACAUGUCUCAAGCUGUGUUAAAAUACCAACACCGUUCCAGUUCCAUUUAAAUCCAAAUAAAUUUAAUAUAGUGGUUGAUUCUGGUUGAGUUAUUGAGUUGAGUAAAUUUUUUUUAUUUUAGAAAUUGUUAAAAUUAGUUUUUUAAUUAUGUAUUCAAAACGAUUGUUCGUUAAAAAUAAAAUUUGUCAAUUAAAAGCGGGUUUAAAUCCGGUUAAAAAUGUGAGACGGCUAUGUUUAUCCAUUGAAAAUGAAAAUGUUAUCGUUCCGAGGGUUCCUAAUUUCCAAGUUAAUGAGUGUUUAUUGAGUGAAUAUGUUUGGAAAAAUUUAGAUAGAUGGGAAAAUAAAACAGCUGUGGUUUGUGCAGAAACAGAAAGAAGUUACACUUACAGUCAAGUUAGAGAUAAAUCAAAAAAUGUCGCGGUCUUUUUAAAAAAAGCUUUAAAACUUACAAAAACUGAAACAGUUGCGAUAUUUUCACCAAACGUUCCUGAAUAUUGCAUAACACUUUUUGCUUGUAUUGAAGCUGGAUUAAAAGUUACCACUAUUAAUCCUAUUUACACCAAAGACGAAAUAAAAAGACAAUUAAUUAAUUCAAACACCAAGGUAGUGUUCACUGUAACAGAUCUCUAUUCCACUGCAAGAGAUGCGAUUUCUUCAAUUCCUCAAAAAGAAAUUUCGAUUGUUGUCAUUCAAGAUAAACCCCAUGUGAGUUUACCAAGUGGGGCGAUUAAAUUCGACGAGAUUUCAAGUUAUUUCGGAAGUUUUACGUUUGAGCAACAAACCAAUACAGACGUGGCUUGUUUACCUUAUUCUAGUGGAACGACCGGAACUCCCAAAGGUGUCGAAUUAACCCAUAGGAACUUAGUUUCAAAUUUACAGCAAAUUCAAAGUGAUGAGUUCCGCUUAAAUAGGGUCACUGAAGGAAAUAUUCAAGAUGUCGUUCCGGUUAUACUUCCUAUGUAUCAUAUUUACGGGUUAACGGUGAUACUUAUGAAUAUGUUUUCUCAAGGCUGCAAAUUGGUUACUGUACCAAAAUUUGGAACGGAUAUUUUUUUAAAGAUUUUAGACCAUUUUAAACCAAAUGUAUUUUAUGCGGUCCCACCUAUAAUGUUAAUGAUGUUAAACAAUAAAUACAUACGUGCUGAACAAUUAAAAUCCAUUCAUCAAGUUGUAUGUUCCGCAGCACCUUUAGGAGUAGCUGAUAUAGAAAAGUUUUUUGUAAAAACCCAAGGAAAAGUAAAAUUUAUGCAGAUUUACGGAAUGACUGAAUGUUCCCCCAUUAUUUUACACCAAUCCCCAGUUUUAGAUAAAGGGAGAAAAGUGGGUGCAAGCGGAUUAUUGGUCGCAAAUACCCUAGCGAAAAUUGUACAAGUCGAUGACCCAAACGAUACCAAUUUAGGACAAUUUGAAAACGGAGAAUUACUUGUAAAGGGUCCUCAAGUUAUGAAAGGUUACCACAAUAAUCCUGAAGCUACAAAAGCAACAAUUAACGAAAAUGGGUGGAUACGAACUGGUGAUAUCGCUUAUUACGACGAAGAUGGCCAAUUUUAUAUCACAGAUCGAUUGAAAGAAUUAAUUAAGGUAAAAGGAUUUCAAGUAGCUCCAGCAGAACUUGAAGAAGUCUUAAGGAGCCAUCCUGCAGUUGCUGAUGCUGCAGUUAUUGGAAUACCUCACCAACAAUAUGGGGAAGCUCCUAAAGCGUUCGUUGCUUUAAAAAAAGAUCAUAAAGCAAAUGCAGAAGAUAUUCGAUCAUUCGUUGCUGGAAAAGUUGCUCCUUAUAAAGAUUUAACUGGUGGGGUUAUUAUUUUGGAAAAAAUACCAAAAACUGCUUCAGGAAAAACGUUAAGAAGAGAUCUAAAACAAUUAUGUUAAUUUAUUCUUUAUAAACGAACAAUUUUAUUUUUGGUAAAUAAAUAUCAUGUAUUUUUGUAAAUUUA